GCCGCUUUGUCCUGCUCCUACUCUUACUCCAUCGAUUCGCUCCCAAUCACCAUCAACUACACCAGACCACGACGACGUCACUGAUACGGGAAGGCUACGCACGUCAGACAAACACGAAUCGCAGGGCGACUUCAGACGACAGACAGCUAGCAUUUCUGACUCAGACUAGACGGAUUCAAAGGCGGCUGCAGGUUUCUUCGCGUCUCAUUCUCGUCCAAAGAGCUUCCGAUUCUCCCUCGUCCUCUCCUUUUGGCCAUCCAGCAUCAAGAUUGACUGCGACUGCGACUUCUUUUCGAUCUUCAUUCCACCUCUUACGCUCCUCAUUGAGCGCAUAUCUCCAGCUCGAGCAACCUUCACGGACCUUUUACCCUAACUGCCGACCGCGCAAACCGUCAUGUCGACGACUGCUCUCCCUUCGCAACCGGCCGCCGCCUCCAAGGCAGCCCUAGAUGCCGCCAUCAAGGACUCCGAAGCCUCCUCAUCCUCAUCACAGACAGCAGACUCAGCCAACGCAGCAGCAUCAACAGAGCCGUCAUCCUCUAACGGAGCGGCAGACGCAGACGACUCCCUCGCCGCCGAUGAGAGCGUAAGGACCGUCUUCGAUGACAAGGAGGACUUUAACGUGAAGCACCCUUUGUUCAACGUCUGGACGCUCUGGUUCGAUAAUCCGUCGCACAAGGCUGCCUCGGGCAAAGGCGGCAAAGACUCAUGGGGCGAGGACCUCAACAAGGUCGUGACUCUGGACUCGGUCGAAGAGUUUUGGGGUCUCUACAACAACAUUAUCCCCCCUUCUGAGCUCCCGCAGAAGGCCAACUACUACUUGUUUAAGGAGGGGAUCAAGCCCGCCUGGGAGGACCCGGCCAACGCCAAUGGAGGCAAGUGGAGCAUCCAGCUCCCCCGUGACAAGUCUCGCGCCUCCAUCGACCAACUCUGGCUCUACACGAUGCUCUCUGCCAUCGGCGAGACGCUCGAGGCUCCUACUUCCUCGCCUGAGACGCAGACGGAGCUUGUUACGGGUGUCAUUAUGAGCGCGCGUGCCAACUUCUACCGUAUUGCCAUCUGGACGAGGAAGAGCGACGACGCUGCUUCUACAUCUGGGCCGUCCGAGGCGUCGGAUGUGAUGGAGAGGAUCAUGGGCAUUGGGAGGAAGUUCAAGACGGAGAUUCUUGGGUAUGACAUCAACCAGAAGCUGGGCAGCGGGCUGAUGAGCGAUGUCGAGUAUCAGAGCCAUACGGAGAGUGAGAAGAAGAAGGGGAGGAAGAUUGUCCUCUAAAAGCGAGAGGGCACUGCGGUGGCAUGGAUUAGGGGAAAGGAGGAAGGCCGCUGGAAAGCGAGAAAGGGGUGAUACGACUUACCCGGCGUACAACGGAGCGCACAGUAGUCUUGGCGACUGGCACGCCGAUGACAGGGUCAUGGGUCGGCAGGAUAGUGAGAUGCUCUACGCCUAGGAAGCGGCGAGACGAAGAGCAAGUCAGGCGGUAUGGGCGGCGAAUAGAUGGGGAGGCGUCACUCACUGAGGUCGUGCUCUCAACUCAUGGGCAGGCUCGGCCAGGAGGCCACUACACAAC